AGGCGCGGGGGCCCAGCUGGCGCUGCGGGCGGCGGCGCCGGGGGAUGGAUGUGGCCAUAUGGUGGUAUAUCAAGACAGUGGUACUCUGGCAUCCAAGAACUAUCCUGGGACUUACCCCAAUUACACCGUUUGUGAAAAGAAAAUUCAAGUGCCUCAGGGAAAACGACUGAUCUUAAAAAUUGGUGACUUGGACAUUGAAUCCCAGAACUGUGAAUCCAACUACCUUGCCAUCCUUAACUCUUCAAAAUUGUAUGGCCGAUACUGUGGUAACCUGAUGCCUGUACCCAAAGAAAUCACCUUGGAUACUAAUGAAGCAACUAUUCACUUCAGGAGUGGGUCGCAUGUAUCAGGACGGGGUUUUCUGUUGUCCUAUGCAAGUACCGAUCAUCCAGAUCUCAUCACCUGUUUGGAGAGAGCAAACCAUUACCCAAAGAAUGAGUACAGCAAGUAUUGUCCCGCUGGUUGCAAAGACAUAGCAGGUGAUAUUUCGGGGAAUGUAGUGGAAGGAUACAGAGAUACCUCUCUGUUGUGCAAAUCGGCCAUACAUGCAGGAAUUAUUACAGAUGAGCUGGGUGGCCAGAUCAGUGUCAUUCAGCAGAAGGGAAUAAGUCGAUAUGAAGGAAUUCUAGCCAACGGCAUUCUUUCACAGGAUGGCUCACUGUCAGAUAAACGAUUUUUGUUUACCUCAAAUGGCUGCAAUAAAUCCCUGAGUCUGGAAGAUGGAUUCCUCUUCCAGACCCAUAUUACUGCGUCCUCCUCCUGGAAAGAAAUCAGUGAAUCUGGGGAAGUUGUUCACUGGUCUCCUGACAAGGCUUGGUUCGAAGUGCAACGGUUGUCUUGGGCUUCUAAUCACAGCAGCCAACAGGAGUGGUUAGAAAUAGACCUGGGAGAGAAAAAGAGAAUAACAGGGAUUAGGACCACAGGAACCACUCUGCUGAAUUCUGACUUUUAUGUAAAGACAUUUACAAUGAAUUAUAAAAAUAGCAACUCAAAAUGGAAGAUUUACAAGGGAAUACUGAGCAAUGAAGAAAAGGUGUUCCAUGGUAACUCCAAUUUUGGAGACAUUGUACGUAAUAAUUUUAUCCCUCCUAUAGUAGCCCGUUAUGUACGGGUGGUUCCACAGACCUGGCACCAAAGAAUAGCCCUGAAGGUGGAGCUGAUUGGUUGUCGAAUAAUGCAAGUGAACAGCUCAUUUACUCAUUCAAUGUGGCAAAGACCAAGUCAAAAUACAGAUGCAUCAAUUGGAAAAGAAGAUAGAACUGUCACAGAACCUGUCCCAUCAGAAGAAACUAACUUAGGUUUAAAACUUACAGCUAUCAUUGUCCCAGUCCUGGUAGUGCUGUGUUUGUUCCUAUUUGGAAUGUGCAUCUAUAUGACCAUAUGCAAGAGAGAAAUAAAAGGAGUUGCUUAUGGCUUAUCUGAUGCUCAGAAACCAGGUUGUUGGAAACAGAUCAAACAGCCUUUUACUAGACAUCAGUCAACUGAAUUUACUAUCAGCUAUAACAAUGAAAAAGAGACACCGCAAAAGCUGGAUCUGGUCACAAGUGAUAUGGCAGAUUAUCAGCAACCUCUCAUGAUUGGAACUGGGAUGGUAACACGAAAAGGAUCCACUUUUAGACCAAUGGACACAGAGGAUGAGGAGAAGAGAGGUAGCACAGAGAUUGUAAACCACUAUAGCUGCCCACACAGAGCUAGCCGCCAUGAAUAUGCCCUGCCCCUGACCAGUCAGGAGCCUGAAUAUGCCACCCCUAUUAUAGAACGGCAUGCUGGAAGAGAAAAGGCUUUUCCCUCUGAAAAUGGCUACAAUGUGCCUGUCAUCUCUUCAGCUCAUAAACGUUCCCUUUCUGCUGGCAGCUUCUCUAACCCAUGUAGGUCUGACACCAGGAAUGGGGAUUAUCAAACCCCACAGAAUCUGACAAACUAUGAUAAGCCUAAAGCUAAGAGCAUCUUGACCUCUGUGAGCUAUAGCACUGACUAUCAGAAGCCACAAACUAAUUCGCCAGUGAAUGAGGGUUACUCAACACCCAGAGACUCUCUGAAGCCAAUAAACCAGACAGCCAUGACAGCUCUCUUGUGAUCUACUGAGCAGAGCUAUUUGCUGCACUAGUGAAGAGAAUGCUACUACUGUACAGCUUCCAGAAUGAAAAGAUGUACAUCAUUGUUUUAAAGGAUUCUCCAGUGGAAACUAGAAGAGAGACUGAACUCGUGCACAUAAUUUUGAAGACAAAAGUACACUGAUAAUCACUGUUUAAUAUCAGUGAAGACUGCACAUUUAUCUUCUGUGAUGGAUCCCAGAAUGUGAUCCACGUGCAAUAUGUGCAAUUUGUACAUAGUUUUUAUUUAAGAAAAAUAACUUAAGUUUUCUUUAAUAUGUUCUUUAAUAUGUGGAAUUCAAAUAGAAGAAAUAUCUGUUACAGAAAUUUCUGUAAAAAAAAUGCUCACCAGAACUUUCUUUUAUCUGCUGUUGUGUUAACAGUUUUUAAAACUGUCAUUCUCUUGUUUGGGUGGUUUAUUUUCCUGAUUGUGGUAGCUGGAAGUAAAGCGUUGUAUUCUUCUGGGAAGGGCAAAAGAAAUAAAACUACUCAAAGCAUAGAAUACUCACAAGAGAAUAGCUGAGCAAUUGCAUAUGAUGUUCAACCAAAUUUAUCAGCUACCUUUUUUACAGCAAUCGUUACAAGCUUGAAUUUGGUUUCAUGCUAGGAUGUGAUUUGAGCUAGUUACGGUACAGAACAGUGGAAAAGACUAGGCUUGGUUCAAGCAUUAUGUGUCUUGCUGUCAUGAUUGCUAUGUAACCUCAUCUGUUGGAAUAUACAGAAUCGUUUAUUCAUCUGUUUUUUUUCAGUGGAGCCAAAAUGUGAAUUACAGCAGAAAACUGCCUUCAGAUCAGUCUGUAACUGGCAAUAUUAUUAUGAUGCUGAUAGAGAACAAAUUUCUCCAUGAUAGGUGAUGUGAAUUCAGAAUGUUUCAUUGCACUCUCAAGUAUUUUUUGUAAAUUGAGUGUUUCUCCCUACAGCCAUGCGGCAUUGUUUUAUACCAAAAUUAUAUGGUAAAAGGCCAAGAAGUUCUAGGCUUCUGGGAAAGGAAAAAUACUCUCUUAUUAAGGCAAAACUAGGCCGCUAAAUCUGAUUUCUCUUAACAGCUCUGUGGGCAAGUCAUUUAUUCUAUAGAGUUACAGAAGGGGAAACUGAGUAAAAGGGGAAUAUUUCCAAGCCUCAUAAUGAGGAUAAAUUAUAAUAGUCUUGUAAAGCAUCUUGAGGUUGUUUGCUGGAAGGUGCUGUAGAAGUACAGAGUAGAUGUAUACUGUUAAUUCUGGUUCUAUAUGGUCUUAAAACAGACUUAAGAGAAUUUUGUGCUUGUUUCACUCUGUGCAUGUUUUGCAAACUCUAUGGGUGCACUUAUUUUCUCCUGGUGCUGAAUUUAGAAAUGUGGAGGUAAUUGUGUGUGUGACUCCUGUGCACAUAAUAUUGCAAUUCCAUAUGUACAGACAUUUGAAGACAAGAGUACGCUGGCAAUCCCCCUCUACAGCAAGGGAAUUAUUAUCAGUAAAGACUGCACAUUUAUUUUCUGUAACUGAUCUCAGUGCUGUGCAAAAAGCAAAAAGUCAAUGUGAUUAUGUCACCUCUUGUGUUACUGUAAUAUAGUUUCUGUGAAAUGUAUGAAACACCUCAGGCACUGAAGUGAAGCUGCAGCAGCCUAUGUGCUAGACUGCUCUGGGUGGUAUUGUUUACUUCUGGCUGUUUACAUGCAGGUGUAAAUAAAGGACACUGGCAUUCGGUAACUAAGUCAUGGAUGGCUGGAGUCUAGCUCAGUUUUAUCGGCACCACACGCCCACUCUAUUACAUAUCCUGCAGGAUGUGAAAUUGGACAAUCAGCCAGAAAGCAGUGUUCCUUAUGAUGUGCAAAAGUGACAGCUGUGCUGCUGUUAUUUACAUUUCAAAUGUGAUUUAAAAGGCCAUGCUAAAAAAAAAAGCUUAUCACUAUG